AUGGCGUUAAUUAAAAAUAAUGGGCCUAUUGUGGACCCAGCGCUUUGCCGAUGCUGUAGAGCUAUCAAAAAAUGCAGAAUACUUACUGCCGAGUAUACUUGGAUGGAAAAGAAGGAAAUUUAUGCGGAUAUGGUCAUGGAUUGCUUUGGUAUUGUGCUCUCUCACGUUGAUGGCGAAGACAAGGAUUCUGGAGUGUGUGCUACCUGUGUUGUUCGCUUGCGUGAUGCGUGCGCGUUCAGGCAACAAGUGCUCCAAUGUGAAGAGCUGUUUCUAAGUGCUAAGCUUGAAGAUAAAGAUGAAACAAAGAAGUUGGCUGAGAUGGUUGAGUUUGAAUUAAAAACGGAGCCGAAAGAUGAUGGCAGUGACCACAAUGAAGAUGAUGUUAUACGAAUGGAACCACAAGUGUUGGCAGAACUGCCUUUAGAAGAUACAAAACAACCGAAGGAAGAAAUAAUGGAAGCUAAAGAUGAAAUAGCUAAGAUUAAUGAUUCAGCUAAUGAUGAUGAUUUUAAUGAUGCGGAUUAUAAUGAUAUUGAUAAUUGUUCGGACUCAUCGUCGAAUUCGGAUAAACCGAUUAAGAGGAGGAAAGAGAAGAAGCCCAAGAGCGGGAUAAAGAAGAAGAUUCAGAAGAAAGUUAAAACGAAGAAGAAAGAAUCGAAGAAACUAAAAGAAUUGAAGAAACCACCAGUGGAAAAGAAGAAUAAUCACGACAGAGACUUGGACUGUAUGUCUGAAGAGAAUUUGCUCACAAUAAUCCAAUAUUCCUUUGUGUGUCCCUUUAAAAAUCGUCGCAAUAACUAUUACUGCUUCUAUUGCAAGGAUUAUUAUCCGAAACCUGAAGAUUUGAGAGAGCACACAGUGUCCCAUGACACAAAACCGUUCCAACUCCUCAUGGGAUAUAAGAAAAUGCCAAAACUUGACAUAACAAGAAUUGACUGCCGUCUCUGUCCAGCAAAAAUCAAUGAUUUAGAAACAUUCAAGCGACACAUUGAUCAAGAUCAUGGAAAGAAGAUUUACUUUGAGGCCCCCGACAAAAUGCUCCUAUACCGGUUGACAUGGAACGAUCUUGUGUGUGUUAUGUGCAGUGACGUGUUUGAGGACUUUAAUACGUUGAACACCCAUAUGGUGGAACAUUUUAGUAACUUCACCUGUGAUAUUUGUGGUAUGUGCUUCCUUGAGAAGGCAAGAUUGGACGCUCACUUGAAAAGACACAAGGAUGAUGAACGGCACACAUGUGAAAUAUGUGGUAAAGUGUUCAAAUCAAACCAUUAUAAAGACAUGCAUGUGGAUAUAGUUCAUAAGAAGAUAGCAAUAAUAAGAUGCCCCAGGUGCGAUGAGUGUUUCAUGUCAUAUGCCCUGAAGAACAAACAUUUGACCGAAGCACACGGACAGAAGAGGACAUACCCAUGCAAUUUGUGUGAUAAAGUCUAUAACCGACAGAAGACACUGACAGAACAUCAGAGAAGGAAUCACCAGAAGGUUUUGAAGCACCAGUGCGAGUAUUGUGAUCAGAGGUUUUACCUUCCAUCGAGGUUAAAAGAACACAUGGCAACUCAUACGGGUGAGAGGAAUUUUAGAUGCGAAUACUGUGAUAAAAGUUAUCCGAGGUUGAAGAGUCUGCAAUAUCAUAUACGGACACAUACAAAUGAUAGAAGAUACAGGUGCCAUAUUUGUGGACAGGCGUUCAUUCAGAAUGCAAGUUUGAAGUCACAUAUCAAGAGUCAUCAUCCGGAGUGUGAUGUUGAGGGAUGCUAUUUUUAA